UGCAAUUGCCAGAGAGCCGUCGCCUGUUAAAUGUUAAUGUUGGAUGUUUGAUUCCUACUACCGUUACCGACACCACAGUAUUAUUAGUCACCGUCGUUACCGCACACGAAUUUUUAUUGUUCGGUCGGCGAGUGGCUAAACGUUAUCUGCAUAUACUAAUCGUCGCCCGUCCGAUUGUAUUAAAUUAAUACGUUCUGCGAUCUUCGAUCUCUGCGAUUAGUAUUUACUAUUUAGUAUGUCGAUCCAUUCUCUAGACUUAACUCGUUGUCCGUCAAAGUCCGUUUGAUGCGUUAUCUAACAUAAGCAAAUCAUACGUUACUAGUACCUACGUAGUUAGUCCACGUAUUACUAAAUAAAUAAAUUAAUCGUUACGUAUUGUACGCGUCAAUCAAACGGAAACGAAAAAAAAUGUUCCAGUGAGUAACUCAAAACUUCAACUGCUACUAACUGCUAAUUGACAACUACGCAUCGACGACUGUCUUCGAAGCCGAAUUAAAACUUUAAUCGUCAUCAAAAGCUGCAUAUAUAAACACACAGAAAUGGAUGAAGGAAUGGAUCCGACAUUUGCAAUGAGACUGAGGGCGCAGUUGUCAAGGAGUCCCGACUAUGUUGUUUUGAAAAACCGUCAAAUGCAAGUAGCAGCAGAAUCCAAGUCACAAUCUGUAGAGAAAGAAAAUACAUUAUUGGGUUUUAAAAGACUUGAGGAAAUGGAAGUUGAUGAUGAUCAAAAUCAAUUAAAAUCUUUUAAGAAAUUAAAAACUGAUCAACCAUGUUCAUCUGUUCAAACUUAUGAUCAAUUUAAUGGUUUCCGAGCUGAUCGGUUUAUACCUUAUCGAGAGGCACAUAACCUUGCAGCAAGGUUUAAUAUUAUAUCAGACAUUAGAUAUGGCUUAGAUUAUGGUAAGAAAGAUUUUCAAAGUGAAUCAGCUAAUAAAGAUAAUGCAUACAAAGCCAUUCUUCACAAUGAGUUGCUUGGAUCUAGUGUUGGUGAAAUAAGUAUUCAAGAUAAAAACCGUGAUCGUUUAGCCACCAAACGAAAUUUGUUUCAAUACUAUUCCUCCAGUCCUGAACAAGUUGAUAAUAUUCAAUCACGAGUUCCUUAUUCUUUAUCUCCUCUUGGCUCUAAAAGUCAGGAAAUUUUACGAUCGCCACGUAAAAUACCUCGAAAAAUUUCUAGAGUACCUUACAAAGUCCUUGAUGCCCCUGAACUGCAAGACGACUUUUAUUUAAAUUUAGUUGAUUGGUCAUCUUCAAACUUACUUGCUGUCGGGUUAGGAAGUUGUGUUUAUUUAUGGUCUGCAACUACAAGUAAAGUCACAAGGAUUAGUGAUUUGUCAUCUGAUGGUAAUGUUGUUACUUCAGUUGCUUGGAAUGACAAAGGCAAUUAUUUAGCCUUUGGUACUCAAGAAGGAUCUGUAGAAGUAUGGGAUAUUGCUGCAGAAAAGCAAGUCAACAGUUUAACUGGACAUGCAGGCAGAGUUGGUGCUAUUGCAUGGAAUGGCGAUGUUGUAUCAUCAGGAAGUCGAGAUCGAAACAUAUUUUUAAGAGAUAUGAGAGGUCCAAGUUUAUCCACCUGUAGGAGAUAUGCUGGUCAUCGGCAAGAGGUAUGUGGACUAAAAUGGUCUCCAGAUAAUAGAUACCUAGCAUCUGGAGGAAAUGAUAAUAGAUUAUAUGUAUGGAAUACACAUGCAUACACUCCACAAUUGACAUAUCAUCAACAUACUGCUGCAGUGAAAGCAAUUGCUUGGUCACCUCAUCAAAGAGGUUUAUUGACUAGUGGUGGAGGUACCGCUGACAAAUGUAUACGUUUUUGGAAUACAUUAACUGGACAACCAAUGCAAUGUAUUGACACUGGAUCACAAGUGUGCAAUCUUGCUUGGUCUAGGAAUACUCAAGAGUUAGUUAGUACACAUGGAUAUUCUCAAAAUCAAAUAGUUGUUUGGAAAUAUCCUUCGAUGAGUCAAAUUGCUAAACUCACAGGUCAUACAUUCAGGGUAUUAUAUUUGUCCAUGUCCCCAGACGGAGAAUCCAUAGUAACAGGAGCUGGAGAUGAGACAUUAAGAUUUUGGAAUAUAUUUUCAAAAGCUCGUUCACAUAAAGAACCCAAGUCAAAACUAAACCUUUUUACAAACAUUCGAUAAGUAGUGUGUAUUAUUAUAAUUGAUCCAAAAAUUUAAUCAUGUCUUGAUCUCUCUUUCUUAUAUAUUUUAUGUUUUGUUUGCCUUUUAGCCAUUUUUCAGUUUGUUACCCAUUGAACAAACUUAACUAUUUUUUUUUUUUAAUUGUAAACAAUUUAAUUUUGUUUUGAUUUUGGUUUUG